AUGUCGUCCGGUGCAAUGCAAUCAAAUGUAGGCAACCGCCAGGUUUACGAAGACGGUGACCAGAGGCCGCACGGUCACUCAGGAGGGCCCGCCCCCGGAGGCAAGCUUCCCCACCGCGCCCAAGACCCCCAGGACACCAGGUACACCUACAUCUCUUCUUCGCCCUACACCGAGCUCACACCCACACUCACACUCCACAGGAGCGAGCUGACGAUGCAGAACCGGCAAAAGCACGAUGAGAAGAAAGCCCGCGAGGCGGAGCGCGCGGCCGCGGGGCAGACGGUGAAGGACCCGCUCGCGCCCGCGACGAGACAGGGCCAUGAGCCGAGCCGGGGCGCGCAGGUCGAUGCGGAGCUCAAGGCGGAGGACGAGGCGCUGUUGGCGCAGAAGGUCAAGGAGAAGGGGCAGUGGGGGCCGAAGGUGAAUGAUGUCGAGUGA